CCCCGCGACGCGCCGGGUGCUGGCUCAGCCUUUCGCUCUCCCGGCCUCCCCCUCCCUGGUUCCGCGCUCUGGUUCCGCCAUGGAAUCCAACAAGGAUGAAGCCGAGCGCUGUAUUAGCAUCGCCCUCAAGGCCAUCCAGAGCAACCAGCCUGACCGGGCGCUCCGCUUCCUGGAGAAGGCGCAGCGGCUGUACCCGACGCCGCGAGUUCGCGCCCUGAUCGAGUCCCUCAACCAGAAACCACAGUCGGCCAGCGACCAACCACAACCCACAGAGGCAACCCAGGCGACCCAUAGGAAAGCAGGUGGGGCCGGCACCCCCUCGGCCAACGGUGAAGCCGGAGGAGGAGAGAGCACCAAAGGCUACACUGCCGAACAAGUAGCGGCCGUGAAAAGGGUCAAGCAAUGUAAAGAUUACUACGAGAUCCUGGGGGUGAGCAGAGGGGCCUCAGAUGAGGACCUGAAGAAGGCCUACCGCAGACUGGCCCUCAAGUUCCACCCUGACAAGAACCGUGCGCCUGGCGCCACUGAAGCUUUCAAAGCCAUUGGCACAGCAUACGCAGUACUUAGCAACCCAGAGAAAAGGAAGCAGUAUGACCAGUUCGGCGAUGACAAGAGCCAGGCAGCCCGGCACGGCCAUGGGCACGGGGACUUCCACCGCGGCUUUGAAGCUGACAUCUCCCCUGAAGACCUCUUCAACAUGUUCUUUGGAGGUGGCUUCCCAUCUAGUAACGUCCAUGUCUAUAGCAACGGCCGCAUGCGCUACACGUACCAUCAAAGGCAGGACCGCAGGGAGAACCAGGGUGAUGGUGGGCUGGGGGUGUUUGUCCAGCUGAUGCCCAUCCUCAUCCUGAUCCUCGUGUCAGCUCUCAGCCAGCUCAUGGUUUCCAGUCCACCCUACAGCCUCAGCCUGAGACCGUCGGUGGGCCACGUCCACAGGCGAGUCACUGACCACCUGAACGUCGUUUACUACGUGGCAGACACGUUCUCUGAGGAGUACACAGGCUCCAGCCUCAAAAUGGUUGAACGGAAUGUGGAAGACGAUUAUAUUGCCAAUCUCCGAAACAACUGUUGGAAGGAGAAGCAGCAAAAGGAAGGCUUGCUGUACCGGGCCCGCUACUUUGGCGACGCAGACAUGUACCACAAAGCACAGAAGAUGGGCACCCCGAGCUGUAACCGACUGUCAGAGGUGCAGGCCUCCCUGCAUGGAUAGUCCUGGGCCCGCCUGCCACCGAGGUCCAAACUAUGAAAUCCCUGGAGAAUUUGUGGUGACAUGCACUGAGCCAAGGUGACGAACUGUAUAUUUAAGGAAAGACAAAAAAAGAAAAAAAAUUAAAAUGGAAUUGGAGGCCGGACGCUGCACAACUGCCCUCUCUCUCACCCAGUAACUGCAGAAAGCUGUUAGGACAGACAGGAAAACCUGACAUGGGGCUGCUUCCCUUCCUCCCAGGGCUGGCAGAAGCUCAGGCUUCUCAUCGGCUCUCUCCUAGGAUACAGAAACCAUGACAACGAAAGUAGAAUGUAAAACUUGCAGCAAAUGUCUGUAGGAAGGGCUGGGGAGGGGGCACCCAACUGCCUUUCUUCCCCCCUCCCAGGAGCUACCACCAGUCACCUCAGUGGAGGUAAUCAGAGGUGUUGGCCAAGGAUAGAGAGGAGGAGGAAAGAGAACUCUGUAGAAUGUAAUUUAUAGAUGCGUGUAUAUGUAUGUAUCUAUUUAUAUGUAAAUAACACAUAUAAAGAUAUAGAGAUAUAUAGAGAUAUAGUCUACUUUUUAAACUAUGCAGGGAUUUGGUUGUUGAGUUGAUUUCUUCCCUGUUUUAGAAAACAAAGCCUGUUUGGGGAAGGCAGCCUGGUCCUUCAAAGGCUAGACAUUAGCCGUAGCUGACAGCAUGAGGAAAGUUGGGCCACAGCUUGUAACGUUCCCCUCAAGCCCAGCCUGCUUUUGAUGGCAGCAGUAAUCAUGAUAGCAUAAAUCUACAGAGAACUUGGAAGGUUGCCAGCUGUAUGGUUAAACUGGAGGGGAGCAGGCUGCAGGGGAAGAAAGGACUCCUGGGGCCAGAUGCCAGGUCAGUAUUGAGUCAUGGUAGAGGCCCCAGAUGGCCUGUGGGGAUGAGACCACCCACCGCAAGUUUGGCCAGCUCAGGUGGGCGUUUUGUUUUGUCCUGGUGCCCGUGACCCCCCUGCCCCCACUGCCACUGAGAGCAGCAGUGUUGGAGAGGGGAGCCAGAUUCUGCCUGACCACCUCCCCGCUUAGUCCCUAUGUGAGUUUUGCCUUAUAGGUGCCCCAGGGCACAGCCCCAUUGUUGCUACUGGUUUUUCCUAAGCCAUGUACCAAGGACUCCAGAAGGCUUUUCCUCCCAGAGUCAACCACGUGGGGCCCGGGACGCUGGGGCAGAAGCCGACUCCUGAAGAAAGUCCAUGACCGUGGGCGCCUCUGUCUCUACCCUCCGUGGACAUGAUGCCACCCGGCCUUCUCUUGCACGUUGGAUAAAGGAUGCACCUGAACCAGAAGGGUUUUCUUAUGGUCACCCUCAAAUGAGGAUUUUUCUCCAAACAGCAGUUGCUGCCAGGGCAAGGGAGGGAGGUUUUAUUUAUUCCCACAGUUUAUACUGGGCCUUUUGGAAUUACCGUUUUUUCCAAAUUUUCCUCUGGUGGUGGGUGUGUCAUUGAGCCUGCCAUCCUCCAAAGCCUUACUACCCCAAGCUGCCAGCCAGGAGGGGAUCACUACCCUCCCAGAGCUUUUCUUCGCUCUUUUUAUAAAAGUCCCCCAACAAAUAGGAUUCUUGCUGGGAAAAGGAGCUUGGUUGAGGAGAAAUGUCAAAUACGGUUUUUAAACAAGGUCCUGCCCUGUGAUGAAGCGCCCUUCCCCGCCCGGCCCCCCCUCUCCCCCCCCCCCCCCCCGCCCAAAGAGAUGCUCAGAACUGGAUGUGGGUGAGAGCGCCCUGCCUGUGGUGGCCCUGGUGCUCGGCUCCCACCACCCCAACCCUCUGGUCUCAGUAGAUGUCCCUAGACGGGCUGAGCCAUGUGCAAUAAGAACAUAGAUCCUAAUGGAUCCACUGAGAAGCUGUAUUUCUUGAAAUAGAAUUCUGAAAUUGUAUAUCUAUAAAUAUGUUUAUUAUGUGA